GGCGGCCGCGGAGCUCCGCGAAGUUGUGCGGGGCCCGGGGAAGUUUGCGGCGGGGCGGGUGGCUCCCGAGUCGCUCCCGGUCCCGCAGCGCUGCCGGGCGCGGCCAUGGCUUUCCGGCGACGGGCCAAGAGCCACCCGCUCUUCAGCCAGGAGUUCCUCAUCCACAACCACGCCGACAUCGGUUUCUGCCUGGUGCUCAGCGUGCUCAUCGCUCUCAUGUUCGAGGUUACUGCCAAGACUGCCUUCCUCUUCAUCUUACCUCAGUAUAACAUCAGUGUGCCUACAGCAGAUGGGGAGCUGGUCCAAUAUCACUACGGUCUGAAGGAUCUGGUCACCAUCCUCUUCUACAUCUUCAUUGCCAUCAUCCUGCACGCAGUGGUGCAGGAAUACGCCCUGGACAAAAUCAACAGGCGUCUCCAUCUCUCCAAAGUCAAACACAGCAAGUUCAAUGAGUCAGGGCAACUGGUCGUCUUCCACCUCACCUCUUUGAUUUGGUGCUUGUACGUUGUGGUGACGGAAGGAUACAUAUCAAACCCCCAGAGUUUGUGGGAAAACUACCCGCAUGUUUAUCUUCCCUUCCAGGUGAAGUUCUUCUACCUGUGUCAGCUGGCCUACUGGCUGCACGCGUUGCCAGAGCUCUACUUCCAAAAAGUUCGCAAGGAGGACAUCCCACGCCAGCUGCAGUGCAUUGCGCUCUACCUGGUGCACAUCGCCGGCGCGUACCUCCUCAAUUUAACCCGCUUGGGGCUGAUCCUCUUGCUGUUGCAGUAUUUAGCUGAAUUCUUCUUCCACAUGGCCCGGCUGGUCUACUUCACAGAUGAGAACAACGAGAAGCUGUUUAACGUCUGGGCUGUUGUCUUUGUGGUCACCAAGCUCUUCACGCUAACCCUCUACAUUUUGGUCAUUGGCUUUGGUCUGCCACGCGUGGAGAACCAGGCCCUGGAGCCAGAGAAAGGGAAUCUCUUCAGCUUUCUCUUCAACCAUAUCCUCUUCAGAAUGAGUGUGCUGCUGUUGGUGUGCCUCUUCCAGGCCUCGGUGAUGUGGCGCUUCAUCCACUUCCAGCUGCGGCGCUGGCGGGAGUACUGGCACGAGCAGAGCAGCAGGAAGCGGGCCGCAGCCUGCGCCAAGCAGCCAGCCAAGCCGCUCAAGAGAGACUCUGGUUACCAUGAAAAUGGAGUGGUGAAAGCGGAGAACGGCACCUCGCCGCGAACCAAGAAGCUGAAAUCACCCUAAAGGCCUCGGCUCCUGGGGAGGAGGGCGAGGGGCCAGGACUGAGGGCAGCCCUUCCUCCCAGUCCUCACAAGGUUGUCUUGAGCAGCUUGGGAGCAGGCCGUCUGCCCGAGGUGUCUCACUCUCCUCCCUUUCUUUCUUACCUUCUUGAACCAUUUGCAAUAAAACCAAAAAGGUCCCUUUCCCCUGCUCCUUUCCCCUGCAGGAGCCUUUUCCGAGCCUCCUCUGGUUUUGCCUUCCUCUGUUUCACCGUAAAUCAGUGUGCAAUUUUAUUAUUUUUUUUUCUGUUUUAGUGUUUGGUUAUUUUGCAUUUUUGUUACAAAUGCGUUGUAGAUGGUUCCAAAAUAUUUUUUUUGCUCCUACAGCAUGUUUCUCCCCUCUCUCUGUGUUGAUUCCCCCAUCCCCUGGUUCAGGGCCGUGGCAGUUUGAAGGCUCCAUGUGUCAGCUAUGGGAACGGGCUCCAGGGGAGAAGUACGGGGACUCUGAGACCCAUGAGGUGCUCAUGGCUGAUGGUUUCCCCUGCUGGGGCAGUCCAGCCAGCACUCAGCACGUGUUGCAUGAUGUCGAUGCUGCAAAUAGGGACUAGCGUCUGAGGGAGGAACCUCUGUUGUGUCUUGUCUCUCUCUGGUUGAGUGGGGUUCCUCCAGCUCCUGGCUUCAAGCUAAUUUUAGUGAUCUAGGAAGCAGAGAAGGGAGACGAGUUCCCUCUUCCUGUAGGACCCACAUACUAGCCUUUACUUGCCCCAGCUUUUCUGGUACAGCUGGGUCCCCUUUAUUCUCUGGACUGCCCUGUAGUUGUUCUGCAUCCCCCAGCACUGAGAGCUGGGCUCAGGGCUCUGCAGCUUAUCAUGCCUUGUUGUGGGGCAGUGACAUCCUCAGGUCCAGGUGAAUCCUCGAGCCCUGCCCCACUCUGAGCCCUGGCCUGGCUCCUGUCAGCCUCCUGUGCCUCAGACCUGGUGUGCUCAUGGCUCGUCACCUCCUCCAGAUGAGCGAAGUGGCUGCUGCAAAGGGUUUUGCCUUAAUGGGACUGUGCCCCUUGUGCUUAGCCAUCCUCAUUCCUACCAUGCCAGUCCAGCUGUGCCAUCUGCAGCCAUCAGCUUCUCUUUCCGUAGGAUACACAGCUUGUAUCCACCCAAGGUGCUAUCAAAUGUAGGGUUUCUUCCAAAAACCCUAGCCCCUUCAUCCCUUUCUGAGCUGUGAAUGAGAUGACAGGAAGGAUGCCAAGGGCUGUGAGGAGUAGCUUGUACAUUAGGAAAGGCCUGUGAGGCAUAGCUGUUGGCAAAUGGAGUUGUCUUAAAUCUACCUCAGAGGCCGUCUUUUGCUACAGACCACUCUCUCUCUUGCACCUCCCUGACCUGAGGUCUGGGGGAAGCCCAGGUGCCACUGGCUCGCUCCCCUUUGCUGGUGGGCAGCACCUCUUGCCCAGGGUUCUCACAGGUCGGUGGGCUUCCUUGGGGUCUGUGCACCAGUUUGGAUUUGGCUGGUGGGUGCUUCUCAUCCCAUAGCUCUUUUUUGGGGUGCUUUCUGGGCUUUGCUGUUGGUGCCUCUUGUGCAGCAAAGUCAGCUGUAGCUCCUGGUGCAUGGGGUCGAGGAGAGCCUGGCCACUCUUUGAUGUGCGAGGCAGGAUGGAAGCCCACCUUCCUUAUGGGUGAUGGGAUGUGUGGUCUCAUGCCAUGUCACUUGCUCAGCCCCUCCAGGCAUGAUUCUAGCUCGGGCUUUUUGCAGUGAGGCUGGCACAUUGUCAUUUGUAUCUUUCGUCUUUUGGAGAAUGAGAGACAGUUGUUUGUCUGCCACUCUUGGAAUGGAGUCGCUUUUU